GCGUGCAAGAUAAGCAAAUUACAUAACAAAUCCUACUAGGAGUGGCAGGAUAACUACUGGCAGUGAUCGGCAGCGAACAGCAGUAGAGGAAGUUAAAACCAUUUUGACUUUUCUAUGUGUGAUAUUUACCUACGACACAGUAACGUAAUAGAAGCUAAACCAAUUACGCAAUACACAUCGUGAGACAACUGAUCAACUGAUACUGAUAAAGUUUCCUCCCAAAAGCACACCCUCUAUCUAGCUUACUACAGGAAGCAAAACACAACACAACUUAUCGUACAAAAUGGACACAUGCGGUACUCAGUAGGCGAGCUGAAGGACACGCUGUGAAGCAACCAAACCAAAUAAAAAGCAGCUGAAGGACAUCAUACAACACAAGAGACUAUACAGCCAACCGUAUGGGAGUGAAUGCAUUUUCAUGGCGCCGUGCAGACGAACAAAUCAAUCUCCAUUUAAUAUAUAAAUAUAUACAUCAAAUCCUUAUAUAUUAUACAUAAAAAUAUAUAUACAUAUACAUAGCUAGUACGUCUAUUUAAAUUUUUUCUGGAUGCUGUGGUUCAGACUGGCCGCGAUCCACACUGUACUUCUUCACGUGUAUAGAGAGCCAAACAGAUUGACUAUUAAAAUUAAAUCACAACAACACACAUUUCCAUAUUCACAAGAUUCAGCAUAACGCAUCAGCAGCAGCAGAAGGAAAAUGGUGCAACUAUUAGCAGACGAACACAGAUUCGCGUUGUUCAGAGAAUGAUGUUUAACGGCCAGCAGAGCAAAGUACCGAAAGUUUAACAAAGCAUCUCAGCUGGAAACCGACAAACUUAAGAGUAUUAUACAUGAAUGUUCGUUGAGUUACACGUGUCGUUACGGACAGGGGUGUGUUGGAAAGGAAGAAUAUAUGUUAAAUAGUACAGUUUACAAUGCGUGGCAUAAUGUAAUAGCUCUCCUGAUUUACACAAUGUUUCGUUCUCGUGAGAGUUCUCAUAGCCUGUUAACUGAUGGAUGCUACUAUAAUGUGUCGACUACGAGCGAAAUUGAACGAACAGGCCAAGAGUGCCGCAUCAGCGAACAGCUACUCAUUACUAUACUACUAGUUAAACCACACCGGGC